AGAGGCAAUUGCCACCGCAGAGCUUGCAUUGUAUCACCGACCUCACCCGCAAUACACAGAACACACAAAAGUCAGCGAUGGCUACGGACUUCAGUUCAAUUCCCCUAAUUGAUGUUAGUGCCCUUUUAGCCAAGUGUGAUGACCCAAAAAUGGGAGAGGACCCUGGUGUUCUUGAAGUUGUUAGACAGUUGGAUAAGGCUUGCACUGAGGCUGGGUUCUUCUAUUUGAAAGGUCAUGGUGUUUCUGAUGCUCUCCUUAAAGAAGUUAAAGACAUAACUCGCAGAUUCUUCGAACUACCUUGUGAAGAAAAGACAAAAAUCAAAAUGACUCCGGCUGCAGGGUUCAGAGGUUACCAGAGGGUUGGAGAAAAUAUAACUAAAGGCACACCUGACAUGCAUGAAGCAAUUGAUUGCUAUAAGGAGGUGACAAGGGGCAUGUAUGGAGAUCUUGGCAAAACUAUGGAAGGAUACAACCAGUGGCCUCAAAAUCCUCCAAAGUUCAAAGUUAUUAUGGAGGAAUAUAUUAGUAUCUGCACAGGCAUGCUUUCUCAUCCUUUUAUUCCUAUUCCCAUGAUUUUGUUUCCUGGAGUGGAAUUUUUCAUUCUUAUGAUGAUUCUUUUGGUAAGAGCAGAGCUUGCAAGGAAAAUUAUGCGAGGUAUCGCUUUAGCACUAGGAGGAUCACCAGACGAAUUUGAAGGACAGAGAGCUGGGGAUCCAUUUUGGGUAAUGCGGCUUAUUGGUUACCCGGGCUUAACCACUACAAAUGGAACUCAUGAAGCUAUGAAAAAUGACAUUGGAUGUGGAGCUCAUACUGAUUAUGGUUUAUUGACAUUGUUAAACCAGGAUGAAGAUAUAAAUGCUCUCCAGGUGAGAAACCUCUCUGGUGAGUGGAUAUCAGCACCUCCAGUUCCUGGCACAUUUGUGUGCAACAUUGGUGACAUGCUAAAGAUAUAUUCCAAUGGUUUAUACGAGUCAACUUUGCAUCGGGUGAUAAACAACUCUCCAAAAUAUAGAGUCAGUGUAGUAUACUUUUACGAGACGAACUUUGAUUCUGCCGUAGAGCCUUUGGAUACAAUUAGAACAAGGAAAAAUGGUACCAAGAAGUUUGAAAAAGCUAUCUAUGGAGAGCAUCUAGUUAGCAAGGUCCUCACGAAUUUCGUCGACGUUUAAUUUUAUUUCGUUGUGAAUUCUUAUAAGUCAGGCAUCUAAUUAGCUGGUUUAAUUUGGACUGUACAACAUCCAUCUUGCUUGACUAGUUUGCAAGGAGUGACAAUACUUUUUAUCAGCUAUGAUUAUGGGAUCCAAAUUCUCUGUAUGGUGAUUAGGUAUAUAUAUAUCACGCUCACAUUUUUCUCUUGUUAUUGUAGGUAAGUCGUGUAUGUAUCAAUAUCUUCAUCAACAAAAUGUAAAUUUAUAUUUCAAUUAAGAGUUUGCAAAUUGGAGUACAAAAA